AUGUUGCAUUCUCAAGACGCAGAAGAAUUAAGUAAUGGUAGUGAUACAGAGAUCAGCGAUAGCGAGUUUGUUGAAUAUGAAUAUGUAUUUGCUGGACCAGAAAAGAGUCUGAUGCCGGAACUACCUCUUGAAAAAGAAGUGUCUGAAAAUGACAUUCGAUCGGCAAUAGAAAAAUUCGCACAAAAUUUUGACGAAGUUUAUCCAACACCAGGACCUGCACUAUAUAUGGGACCGCUCCAUGAAGCCAUGAAUGAUUCAUUAUUGGAUCCUGAUCCUAGCAAACGACGUCCUUUGUUACUCUAUUUGCAUCGGAAUAAUACACCAUCUACACAUUUAUUUUGUAAAAAUGUACUUUGUAACCGUGAAAUUAUCAAUUAUAUUGAAAGCAAUUAUCUUGUCUGGGCAUGGGAUUGUACAAAAGAUGCUAAUUAUCAACGGUUUCUAUUGAUGUUACUUGAACAUGCUGGUCCCAAUGUUACAGCAACAGUGGUUACAAUACCUAUUGAUGAAUAUCCACAGUUGAUCUGUCUUUUAUACGAUCAAGAUCAAGUCAAUGCUAUUAAAGUCAUUUACAAUCCUGACGACUGCACGUCUGUAGAUGAAAUAUACAUGCGUCUUCUUAGCAUAACAGAACGAUUCAAUUCUUCAAUGGAGAUACUUAAGGAUAAAAUUCAAAGUUUUUCUAUCUUGUCCUCUUGUAGUUGGUCACCUCCAACAAGUCAAUUGCACAUUCUCAAUCAACAAACAGAUGAGUUUCGAAAUGUUGCUAGUUAUUUUACGAACGAUCAUUGUCAAAUCAUUUGUAUUGAACGAAUUAAAAAUGAAAGAUGGUGUACGACUUAUCAAAAAGAGAAGAAAACAAUUGAUGAACGCCUUCAUUUCACUCAAACUGAUCGCGUUCUUUUUCAUGGUUGUCUACGAACAGCUUCUGAAGAAAUUUUACAACGAGGAUUUCACCAAAAAAUUGUCGGUAUACAUGGUACAGACUACGGUGACGGAUUCUACUUUUCAACGAAUCCAAUGCGUAGUCACAAGUACGCUUUGCCUGAUCUAUCACGUUGGGGUGAACGAACAAUGCUUAUAUGUCAUGUUAUCAUUGGUCAAACACAUCAUGGCCAUUCGACGAUGGAAACCAAUGGAAUACAAUACGAUUCAGUCACCGAUGGAUCAGAGAUUUAUGUUGUCUCUUCAAAUCGACAAAUUUUACCGGAAUAUCGUGUCACAUAUAAAUAUAUUUCGUGA